GCAUCACGCAAGAGCAUCCAGGACCAAACAAUUUUUAGCACCCUACAGACGCCACUUGACCAUACUCCAACCCUUCUCCCUCUCGCCAACACCCUUGCUGCCCUUUACAUCGGCGUAAAAGCCACCAAGCACGCCACCCUUUUCCACAAAAGAGGCCCCUCCAUCUCGCGACACACAUCAUGUCGACUUCAUCACCAGUACCGCGUUUCGGUUCGCCGGGCGGGACCUCGUCUUCAGCUCUCCUCCUCGGUCGGCAAUACAAGCAGAUGCAAAACGACAAGGACCUCCCCGGCAUCAGCUGCGGUCUGAUCGACAACAACGUCUUUUCGUGGGAGGUCAUGCUCAUGCUACCCGACGAGAGCGGCGGUCUCUACGGCGGUGGCUGCUUCAGAUCGAGACUCGACUUCCCCCCAGAGUACCCGCACAUGCCGCCAAAGAUGAAGUUUGUCACUCCCAUCUGGCACCCGAAUAUCUAUGAAAGCGGCGAAGUUUGCAUCUCCAUCCUGCAUCCUCCGGAAGAAGACAAGUACGGCUACGAAUCCGCCGCCGAACGCUGGUCCCCCGUCCAAACCCCCGAGACCAUCCUCCUCUCCGUCAUCAGCAUGCUCUCAUCACCAAACGACGAAUCACCCGCAAACAUCGAGGCCGGCAAACAAUGGCGCGAGGAUCCGGCUUCUUUCAAGAAGAAGGUCAGAAGAUGCGUGAGGGACUCCCAGGAGAGUGCUUGGGAUUAAGCCUACAAUUCUGCUAUCAUGGAACAGGCGUAUAUCAUGAGCCUGGCGCUCAAUGGGGUCAACUUUUUCUUCUUCUCGCUUCUCUCUUUUCUGUAUGGUGCAUUGGCGUGGACUAUUCUUUUCCUUGCUUAUAUUGUUACCUUCUUUGCUGCAUCAAACCACACGUCUUUCUAUCCGGUUCGAGCUCAUCCUUUCUAUUCCGUCGAUGGUCUCAGCAAAAUCGAUACCGCUGCUAAGUUGUUCCAUAUACCUCCGCUAACGAACGAGCCCCACCUUGAUGGUGUCACAAAGCCUUUUUCUCCAUGACACACGUGGGCUUGUUGGAGAUGAGAUUCAUCCAAAGACGCCACGUAUUGUUCGACACUCGUAACAUGCAUAUCAUCUUGGUAUAAAGGUGU